AUGAUCAACAACAACAACAGCAACAACAACACAGCUGUUAGCACCUAUAACAACAACAACAACAGCAAUAAUUACAACAACAACAGCACAUUUUGCAAGGUCAAAGUAAAUGUACGAGUACUAGGCAGGGAUAUCUUGGCAUUCAAGCCCAGUCACUGCAACAGCAAUGCCAGGCAUCUUAACCAUUACACUACCGUGCCGCCCAUAUCAUUCGAAAAAAUUUCAACGAAUCAAACUGAUGAGGUGUCAACACCAGACAUAAGCUUCAUACAAAUUAAACUUAUCUGUAGCCCAAGGAAGGUCUUUGAUGUAGAAAAAUUAGAGGUGGUUAAUUAUAUUGGAUGUGAUAAGAUAUAUAAAAUUACAGACGCACUAUUCCUUAACUAUAUAAAUAUACCGUCCGGGGUUCUUGACUAUGCCCAAAAAUUGUCUCGCGAGUACCAUUACCGGCUUAAAAAUGUAGUGCAGACACCAAAACCAAUUCUCAUUUUUGAAAGGGCUUCUUGA